AUGGUUGAUGGCUCGAAUAUAUUAUAUCUUCGUGACUUCGUGGCUCGUGGAAUGUUCUUGAAACACACUAUCUGCACUGCACUGAACGUCCACUCGAUGCCGCGCGCCGACUGUGACUGCGGGGACGGGCGACGGCUGUGCCGAGACCGCGGGAGGCGCUCCGCGCGAAGGAAGUUCAAGCCAAAGAAGAUUAUGCUACUAUCACCGCCGAUUUGGAGACCGAGCCUAUCGCUGUUCAUCACCUUGCAAUUUCAAGACGUCGGAAAACUAGCUUCGGCGCCGACGGUGGCGAACGUCGGUGACCCUGGUACCAGCAAUCGCCUAAGUGUCUACGAUCGCACCAGUAACGAAAGGUUCCUCGUGGACACAGGAGCGGACAUCUCCGUUUGGGCUGCAACACCUCGAGACAAGAAGAAAACAGAAAACGCCUACAAGUUAUUCGCGGCAAACAACACCCCUAUACGCACCUACGGACACAAGAAAGUCACUCUCGAUCUUGGCCUGCGGCGAAACUUCACCUGGACGUUCGUGAUAGCAGAUGUAAAAAAUUCCAUACUCGGUGCAGAUUUCCUUCGGUACUUCAAGCUCUUAGUGGAUCUUCACAAGAAAAAGUUGAUCGACGAUACUACGAAGCUCAGCAUCGAUGCCAUGGCGGUGACAUCCGGUGACAAUGAGUCCAUACGCAUUAUUAGCACCAAGCAACAAUACUACGACAUUCUGAAGCAAUAUCCUGACGUCCUUCGCCCCAUGUCACUGAAGCAGCCGGUGAAACAUGAAGUCGUCCAUCACAUAGAAACAACAGGCCCGCCGCUUUACGCUCGCGCCCGCCCGCUGCCACCCGACAGAUAUGCCGCCGCUAAAGCUGAAUUUGAUCGCAUGGUGGAACAAGGGAUCUGCAGACCAUCAAAGAGUCCAUGGGCAAGUCCUCUUCAUAUUGUGAAAAAGAAAGAUGGCAGUCUACGAGUAUGCGGUGACUACAGACGUCUAAAUGCUGUCACCAUUCCGGACAGAUACCCGAUACCCCGCAUACAAGACUUCACGUACGCACUACACGGGAAGAAAAUCUUCACAAAGCUCGACCUCAAGAUGGCGUACUACUGGAUACCUAUGGCCAGUGAAGAAGACGCUCAGAAAUCGUCGGUGAUCACCCCGUUUGGAAUGUACGAGUUCACUGUCAUGUGCUUUGGAUUAAGAAACUCAAGUCAAACAUUCCAACGUUUCAUGCAUCAAGUGCUAAGAGGAAUUGAUAAUUGUUUUUGCUUCGUGGACGACAUCCUGCUAUUCUCCGAAAACGAAAAUGAGCACGAGAAACUACUACAUGAAGUCCUAGAACGCCUCAACAAAUAUGGAGUGACACUGAAUAUUGAUAAGUGCGAACUCGGCAAAGAUACAAUCAAUUUCUUGGGGUAUGAAGUCUCAGAAAGCGGUAUAAAGCCACCCAGAGAACGGAUCGACACAAUAUCAUCCUAUCCAAAACCGAAGACCGUCAUGGAGUUACGCCGAUUUUUAGGCAUGCUCAAUUUCUAUCGAGACUGCCUACCGCACCAAGCAGAUCACCAGCACGAACUAAAUAAAUUUCUACACAAUAAGAAAAAGAACGACAAGACGCCUAUUGAUUGGACGCCUGCAGCAAACGAAGCUUUUGAAAAAUGCCGCCAAAGCAUUACAGAGGCUACUACGCUGAGUUAUCCUGUACCCGGGGGAGAACUAGCAAUAAUGAGCGAUGCUUCAGAACACAGUAUGGGCGCAGUACUCCAGCAGAAGAUAGAAAACAUAUGGAAACCACUAGCCUUCUAUUCAAAGAGCAUGAGUGAGACACAACGAAAAUACAGUGUGUAUGAUCGCGAACUGCUAGCAAUAUACACAGCUGUGAAACACUUCAGAAGACUCAUUGAAGGCAGCGAAGUAACUGUGUACAGCGAUCACAAACCCUUAUCUUACGCGCUACACAGACCUGCGAGCAGCAGUGACACACCGCGUCGUGAACGUCAACUACAUUUCAUCAGCCAAUUUUGUACGAGUAUCAAGUAUAUCAAGGGCGAAGAAAAUCCAGUAGCAGACGCGUUAUCAAGAGUAGAAGAGGUCAAACUAGCAGAUGUACUCGACUACGAGAAGCUCGCCCAAGAUCAAGCUGGUGACAUCGAGUUACACAACUUGAAGAAUCAACCUAACUUAAAGUUCGCCGAGAUCUCACUACCUGGUAUCAAGAAACCAAUCACAUGUGAAGUUUCAACAUCAUCCAUUCGUCCGUAUCUACCCAAGGCAUACCGUUACGUCGCCUUCAAAGCACAACACGGGCUAUGUCAUCCUGGAGUAAGAGCGACACGGAAGCAGAUAGCAUCAAAAUUCUUCUGGCCUGACAUGAAUAAAGAAGUAGCAACAUGGGCAAAAACAUGCAUCGACUGCCAACGCAGCAAGGUUCAUCGGCACAUUGUCACUCCUCUGGCAGAGUUCCCGUCUUCUCAGCGCUUUGAACAUAUUCACAUUGACGUCAUCGGAGCCCUCAAGCUGUCAAACGGCUACAAGUACUGCGUCACAAUAAUUGACCGAUGCACCAAGUGGCCGGAAGUAAUACCAGUACAAGAAGUCACUGCAGAAACUGUUGCAAAAGCGCUAUACGAGAACUGGAUAAGUCGUUUCGGAGUCCCAUUAAGGCUCAGCAGCGACAGAGGAUCGAAUUUCGAAUCAGCACUUUUCAACGUCCUGAUGAAAAGAUGGGGAAUCACAAGAAUACAUACUACAGCCUAUCACCCGCAAGCGAAUGGACAAGUUGAGCGAUUACAUCGAACACUAAAGGCAGCGCUCAUGGCUCGCGGCGCAACAACAACAUGGUCAGAUGAAAUACCUACCGUAUUACUGGGGCUACGAACUGCACUGAGAGAAGACAACAAUUUAAGUCCUGCGCUAAUGACCUACGGAACAACGCUUCGCAUACCGUCAGACUUUUUCGUACCUACUGUUAGGUUUCCGUAG